AUGGAGAGGGCAAAUCUUAGAAACCAGGAACCGACCGACUUGGCCGAUUUUGGGGAUUCGCCUUCGGCAGCCUCGCACAUUAUCACUGACAGUGCUGUCGCUAACCUCCUGCUCUUCAGCCAAGGUGGAGCGAAUGCGUCGCAUGACCUGGCAAGCUCCUUGUCGCAGCACACCCAGUUCGACUCAUUGGAAAGGCUACCGGUGAACCCUAUUGUCCACGAGUCCCCGAUUCUCGAGCAGGUCUUUGAUUUUGGGGAACAGCUCUUCAGCCCUGAAGGGUCAUACGAUGAUGGCAUCUUCCUGCCGGGAUCGGCUUACCAUGAGCUGCACUCGACCCUCAGGAACCACCUUAUCCAGGAGGUGAGGUCUAACGUUCCAACACGACCUGGAACCCCAACCCAAGGUGUUGAGGAUGUCUACAAAGAGCACUCCGUCAGGUCGGGCACAUCUUUAACAAGCGACGAAGUUCUCAUCCAGAAUGACCUAGCCUCGGACCAUGAGCCCCCUAGUCUAUCCAAACAAGAGGAGAUUGUGUUAUGGAAGAACUGGUUCGAAGAGAUAUCGCCGUGGCUGGACAAAUUCGACAACCAGUGUCAUUUUCAGAAUGUGCUGCCCACCUUGGCUCGUGACCACGACCACUUGCGAUAUUCCAUGCUCGCCUUAUCGGCUCGACAGCUCGAGCUCAAAGACUCCAACCGAGCCACAGACCGCAGCCUCGCCCUUUACCAGGAAGCCAUCCAUCUGCUCCUUCCCCAGCUCUCCACCCGAACGACGCCAGUCAUCGCUUCGUGCGUCGUCCUCUGUGUUCUCGAAAUGUGCAGCUGCUCCCCCAAAGCCUGGCGCCGCCAUCUCGACGGCUGCGCCAGUCUCAUGGAAGCCGUGCAGAUGACGGGCUUCUCCGGUGGUCUGGAGCAGGCCCUCUUCUGGUGCUUCGCCCGCAUGGACGUCUGCGGCGGUCUCAUCUCCUCCGUCAAGACCCUCAUCCCCGCCUCCCGCUGGACCGGCUCCCCACGCAGCGCAGCAUCAUCCCUCGACGCCGACGUCGCCCUCUUCCGCUCGGCCACGACGUUCGACAUGUGGGCCAACUACUCCGUCUACCUCGUCGCCCAGGUCCUCGACCUCCUCGCACCCCUGGCCGCGGCCAACCCAGGCGGUCUCUUCUUCGACGGGCCCCGCAGCGACGCCGGCUACCGCACGUCGUGGGCGCGCCUGUGGCGGCACGUCGAGGCCUGGCACGCCCUCCGCCCGCCCGCGAUGCACCACGUCCUCGCGACGCCGUCAACGCCCUCGGACCCGUUCCCGACCGUCCUCUACAGCAAUGCCGCUGCCGUGUCGGGCAACCAGCUGCACCACACGGCCGCGCUGCUGAUGCUGCAGAACCGCCCGCCGGGCCUCAGGCUCGCGCCGCGCCCGAGGUCGGCCCUCUGGCACGCGCGGCGGAUUUGCGGGAUCAGCAUGACGAACCACCACCACGGUGCGUGGACGAAUAGCAUCCAGCCGCUGUGGAUCGCUGGCCGGUGCAUGAGCCAUCCGGCCGAGCAUGCGGCCAUUCUGGAGCUACUGGGGAGGAUCGAACGUGAGAGUGGGUGGGGGACUAAGUGGCGGGCGGAUGAUCUCAAAGACUUCUGGGGGGACCUGGGGGAGGAUUGA